CUUUUUUCGAGCAAUUUUUCGAGCAGGGCCGAUUUUUGAAUUUUCCAAUAUAUACCUUGGGCAAUUUUAAUGGAAAAUGGAAUUAAUUUUUUUAAUUUUCUUCAAUUUUCUGUAAAAUUACUUGCAUUUCCUCAGCAGACAUAUUUUUUUCCUUUUUGUGAACAAUAUAUUAUCACAAAUAUCCAUUACAUCAAUUGUCAACUAUAUUUAAUCCAAUGGAUCGGAAGAUUUAGCUAUUUUUUGUUCUCCUUUUUGUUAUGCUCGUUCGCAACAACAUGCCAACAACAUGGAUCUGCAACCCCACAAACAGAGAGGGGGAUGAAAAAAAACCAGUUUGAGGUACCAUCAUAUCCACUCGUCGUCUGGUUUAGUCAUACUUUCACAUUCAUUCGGUUCAGUUUGCUGUAGUGCGACUUCGGUGAUUACACUAUUUACAACACAGAAGUGUUGGACGAAUUGAUCAUUUGUGCAGUAAAGUGUAUGUUUACCAUUCUUGAGUAAAAUAAAAUCAAAUUCAGUGCUGUUGAGGAAUGAAAAUGUUUACACUUAGAAGGUUCACAGUGCAAUUGGAUGCAGAGUGACAUUUGGAGUGAUCGCUAGCACCCAUUUUGUAGAUCCGAUAAAAUGCCGUAACCAGCUGAUCGGUUGGCUUACUGACACCGAUUGGAAAUAGUGACAAAAAAUGUUUCUUGAGCGAGGAUUACAACUCGAUCCCAAUUCGUGUCCGGAAUGCGUGCUAAAUAGUGACACCAACAAGCGCAAAAAAGCGACAACUUUUGCUUAUGGUCUAUGAUUUUUUGUGACAUUUAUUUUGCCAUAGCCUUGAUAACGAUUCGUUCGCUACUUCACACGAACCUAACGAUCGUUACGACGAUCAUAAAUAGCGCAGCCGGACGAUUGUGCAUAAAACAAACCAACGGCAUAAUGUAAAUCAUACCCCGUACCAUAAUCAUAAAAUAAACCCAUCAGUUUUAGGUGAAACUGAUACGCCAGUAAAGCAGAAAGGAAAAGGAGACACUCGGGUGUGCCUCUUUUGUCCACGUGCAAAACGUAGUCGUGCGUGAUCUCCUCAUUUUUGCGUCCGUGAUCUGUGAUGUGAAAAAUUUACACCACCACUAACCAUCAUUAGUGUCCUACCGUCCUACCGUCCACUAGUUGAAAGAAGAAAAAGCGUUCCAAUUAAACGAUCAGCACGUGUGUUUUUCUAUAUAUAUAUAUUUGUGUUUGUGUGUGUCUGUGAGGGUAUGUGAUCACUCGAUUGAAUUAAUGAAACACAACAACAGGGAAUGGGAAUGAUUAUAGCUCACUGUUGAGUGAAUUGUCCGAGUUGGUUGAUAGGAAAGUGAAACAGUUUUGAUACGAAAGAUUUGCACUAGCAACAAGCGAGCGAAAAGCGACGAACCCCACGAAUGCGAGAGAUCGCUCUGAUAGAUCGAUGCAAUUCGUCUCCGAUGUGUAGUGAAGUGGAUCCAUGUUCAAGGGACCAUUGUGCCCUUGUGGGGCAUUGACUGACUGAGGAUUCUCUGGGCAAACUGGUCUGGGCAAGGCGGCCGGUCUUUGCGGGAGUUAUAAUCGAUCUGCAACACGAAGACAGCAUGAAGUGUAGAAAGCUGCCAAUAGAUGAUCGCGCAAAACAAUCAUGUUUGUUGAGAUUUCUUUUAUGUACGCAGAGUUUUUUUAUGAUAUACAUUGCAGCUAAUAGCAUUAAUAAUAAAAUGACAAAAAUGUAAAACUUAUGUUGACAAUUUUGACAAACAUCAAGUUGAUUUUAUAAGUCUUUUCAGUAAUUAACAAAGCUUGAAGUAGUGUUGAAAACCUCUCAAAUCAAUCACAAUUGGUGAAAAGUGGUCGAUGAUCAAUUAUUUUUGGGUUUUUUUCUACGGGCUCUAUCAUAGAAAAACCAUUACCUCUCACAUGAACUAACGACGAAAAGAAUGAAUGGCAUUUAAAGCAAAUUACCUUCGGUACAUGAACCAUUAUUUUGUUAUAUACGUGACGGUGUCAUUGUUGAUUAUUUCCAUCUCACAUAUUUGUUACGCGGUGGUUAGUUACCUUUCGGCAUCUCCUCGACACAGAAACACGAAUGGAAAAGAUCACAAGUGGUCAAAGACUGGUGUGUGUGCGAAGGAAAAAACUAAACCGGACUGCAAGCGAGCACCUUAGCGAAAGAGGUGUUGUUGGCGAAUAUUGUACAUUUACUUUCCGUUUCAUUCAGUGUAUCAUUUCAGCACCGUACAGUGAUCGGUACCGGUAUCGCUAAGCCGGAAAACAAACCGACGAACCUUACGAAGCACGGUGGCAACAUGAACGUCAAGGUCAGCGAAUAAUGUCCACUCCGCCCUGGUUCCAUGUCGAAAGGUAGUCGUUUUGUGUUUUUUUUUUAUUUGUGCACCAACAAUGUAAGAUCGUUUGUGUAUGGUGAGCUAGAUUGAUUUACAGUGCGACCGAACCGUUUAAGCAAUAAGAGUCCCUCCCCAUAGCAAGAAUCAGCAUCUCAGUCUAAGUCUCAGUGUGUAGCUCGCACUUGGAAAGAUACGGCCAUACGGCCUCGCAGAACAAUGAAGCAAAAACGUGGCAGUCGGCUAUACAAUGGGUUGGGUUUAAUUGUAGCACUUUGGGUUGGGUGGCUAUCCGUGUGUCCCCCGUGUGCCCACGCAGAAUAUAUACCACCUGGACCGAAAUAUAAAUGCCCGGAAAAAACAAAACUCAUCUAUCCUUGCGUCUGCACCCACGGUACGGACGAUGGACUGUACGUACAGUGUGAAAACUCCAACCUGGCCAGCCUCUCGGUAGCAUUCAUCAACCUGGCCAGCACGAACGUACCGAUCGUUCAGCUUCGCUUGAAGCGAUGCAAAAUCAAGAAUCUUUUCGGAACGCUACUACACAAGUUGUCGGUUAAGCAUCUGCACAUGAUCGAUACACCACUUGCCAAUAUUGCGGAUCAUGCUUUCUAUGGCAUCAACGAUACACUGCAGGAGCUUCAUCUUGUACACACCGAACUUACACAGUACCCAACGGCCGCACUCAAAAUUCUUGGCCUUCUGAAAGUCCUCAACAUCGAUGGACAUCAAAUCGAGACACUAUCGAAAGGUUCCUUUGCUGGGGCACAAUAUGAAGGUACCCUGGAGAAGCUACACCUGAUUAACGGUCUUCUUGGAGAGUUGGCUGCAGACAUAUUCGGUAGCUUAAAGAAAGUGAAAACACUCGAUCUGCAUGGCAAUCAGCUGACGGCAUUAAAGAAGGGUCAGUUUAAAGGCAUGCGAGAGGUGGAGAUACUCGAUCUGAGUUACAACAACCUGACGAAACUUGACGCGUCCCAUGUUUCCGACCUCACCAAGAUGACUUGGUGCAAUGUGUCCAACAAUGCACUGACAGAAAUUACAAGAGGUACAUUUGCACGUAACACAGUGUUGCGCGUGGUAAAUAUGGCUGCCAAUGCGAUCCGAAAAAUUGAUGCCAACACAUUCCGUGGGAUGCGAUUUUUGCGACGACUCUAUCUGAGUGACAACAUGAUAAGCGAUGUUGGACGCGGAACAUUCGGAUCGGUCACACGUAUAGGGACGAUCGAUUUAGCACGAAAUCGCAUUAAGAAAGUCGACUAUCAAAUGUUCUUCCAGCUGAAUUAUGUUGAGUUAAUCGAUCUGGCUGAAAAUGAAAUUACGGAAAUUCAAAAGGAUGCCUUUAAAGACCUUUACCUAACGCACAUCAACAUUUCGCACAAUCGGCUAGAAACGAUCGAACCCAAAUCGUUCAUCAACUGUGCCAACAUGACAGUGCUCGAUCUGUCCCACAAUCUGAUCCGCGCCAUUCCACGUACCGCUUUCGACGAAACGACAUAUGCGACGGAAUGGAUCGUAACGCACAAUUUGCUCACAAACAUGACCCAGCUACCACUGUCCAAUAUGACCGGUUUGAAGGUUCUUAACGUGUCGUACAACAAUCUCGUCGAGAUACCGAAGAACACCUUCCCGAAGCUGUACGAACUGCACACAAUCGAUCUGUCGCACAACAACAUCUCGCACAUCUACAAUGCCGUCUUUCAGAACCUGCUCUCGCUGCGUAACCUCAACCUGAGCCACAACGCGCUAGAAAAGAUCGGUCCAUCCACGUUCGGCACACUGCCGACGUUGCUCGAGAUGGAUCUAAGCUACAACCGGCUGCGUGACAUUACCCGCGGAGCUCUUGCCAAAACGACGGGUGUGCGAUUCCUGCACAUGCAGUACAACAAGCUCGAGAAGGUGUUCCAGAUACCGAUUUCACUCAACGAACUAAAUCUGUCACACAACGAAAUAGCGGAAAUACCGGAGAAAACAUGGCCCACCAUGAAUUCGUUGCUUGGUCUCGAUCUAAACCACAAUCGGUUGGCGAACAAUCUUGUCCGGGGAAGUUUCGCGGGUUUGCUUACAUUGCAGCGUUUGCAUCUGGAGUCGAACGGCAUUUCCACCAUACCGAAGGAUAGUUUCUCGGACCUUGGCACCAUGCAGUAUCUCUAUCUUGCGCACAACAACAUUACCGAACUGCCGAAAGGUGCGUUCGGAAGUUUGCCCAUUCUGUUCGAACUACAGCUGACCGAUAAUGGGCUGACAAGCGUUUCCGAGCGUGCCUUCGAUGGACUGUUGCAGCUACUGACGCUUAAUAUGUCUAACAAUGCGCUUCGCUCAGUCCCGAACGGAGCAUUUCUAGGGUUGGUUUCAUUGCGACGGCUCGAUAUGUCGCACAACUUGCUCAGCUCUUUGGACAACAAGACGCACGGUUUGUUGGACGAUUGUCUCAGUCUGGAUGAGAUUAAUCUAAGUCACAAUCGUAUAAGCUUCGUGACGCGAAAGACCUUCCCGUCGGAUCCGUACAUCCCGUACCGGUUACGAUCGAUUGAUUUAAGCUACAACACAAUGUCGAUCGUAACGGGUGACAUGAAGGUCGGCACCGGAACUGUACACCAUCUCAAUCUGUCCCACAACAACAUUAAAGAUAUUCGUCCGAACGUGCUCGGCAAUCUAACGUCCCUUAGAACGCUAGAUCUUUCGCACAAUGAGCUGUUAAAGCUGGAGAAUGAAAUCUUUCGAAUGCCGGUAAACUUUACCACACUCUAUCUGCAUCACAACAAGCUCUGGAAUGCGUCCUACGAGGCAUUGCUGCAGGUGCGCAAUCUAACCUUGCUCGAUCUACGUGCGAACGAGCUAACGCACUUUGAACCGGAGCUUGUGCGAAGGAUGAAAGUUUCCAACCUAACUGUGGCGCUUGGUGGCAAUCCUCUACUGUGCGAUUGCUACAUGCGACCACUCUUCCACCAUCUCCGGUUGCUUCCAUCGAUCGGAGAACUUUACCGCGAGCUAGAGUGUGCCACCCCGAAAUUGCUAGCCGGCGAACGUCUGUACAAUGUGUCCGAUGAGCUGUUGGCGUGUGUUCCGGCUGUUGCCGAUGAUGCGUUCCAGUCACUGCCGGAUCUACGCUUCCGUGAGAUUGCAUACUUCCGUGGACAGUUGCUUGUGAACUGGUACGUUGCGGCAUCCUCCGAUGUGGCCGAUUUCUACGUGUACAUUCGCGACCGGGCGAAUCGCAUCAUUGUCGAGCGGACGGUAGCGUACACCAGCCGAUCGUUGGCGAUCGAUGGAAAUGACAUUCGGCCACAGGGCGAUCCCCAGCUGGAACUGUGUGUACUGGCUAAAUCUAGUGACGGUGCGAUCAAUUUCCUCGAGAGCCAGUGCCUACCGCUGCCGACCGAUCUGGAUGCAGUCAAGCGGCAGUACAACGCACAGUACAACUACAAGUACCCGCUCAAUCUGGCCAAGGCCAGUGCUCGAUCGCGGGCGAGCAGUGAUAUGCGUGCGAGCUCAAUCAUUCCACUACUCGUGUUUAUGCUGUCUGCUGUCGGAUGUCGGAUGCUUUAACGAUAUUCCCACCAAGGUAUUUAUUGUCCGUUCGUUCGUGGACGUGCUCGAUAUAGCUUUCCGAGUCCCGUCAAAGAGUGAAAUGAUCGAUCGUUUGUGAAAUGAUUUUGUAUAAAAACAAAAAAAAAAGACUCGAGCCUGUUAUGUUGUAGAUCUUGGUAAUGUUAGUAUUAAUAUAGUAGAUUUGAGAUUAUACCACACAAAACAAACGAAGUAA